ACUGUUUUGACACGAUGAGGGAUGAAACUUGAAAGACUUCCGCAUGAAUCUAGCUUGUCUCCCGAAUGCCAUUUGAUAAUUAACAAAAAACUUAUUGUCACGUUUGACUAAGUACUCUUAGUCUUAGCAUUUCUACUGUUCUUUUUUUUCUAGCGAAUCUGGUUGGCAGACGUUAUUUAUAACGCGUUGUUAAAGUUGCCUUUCUGCAGAAAAACAGGCGUCUGACAAGUCUGAUGCGGCAGCAGGCACGACAUGAAUUCAUGAUGACAAUUCGAACAGUCAGUCGGCAUCUGUCGUAAUGAGAGAGUAACCACUGGUUACUCUUGUUGGCAGUAUUACCUCUACAGGAUCUUGACCAGACCUAUCACUCCAGCUACCUAUGCCUCCUCAAUCAACACUUGAUCAACAUGUCUGAAGUAUUGAUAUCCAUUCGCAACUGCUGUGAUCACCUAGAUUCAGACAAGGUCACCGAAAGGAAGAAAUAUAUUGAAUCCUUGAGGCGGGAGCUGAAUCGGCCAUUGGUGCAGCGUCAGUUGGAUCGGAACACCGAUGAGGGGCGUGGCUUCACUUGGGAUUCAGCUUUCAAAGCUGUGAGCGCUUACAUGCUGAAGGAGGCGGAGUAUCUUAAGAAGAACAAAGGAGCUUCAAGUACCAGCAUCAAUACGAGGGAUCGCAAGAAGCAAGAAGUCGGCGCUGUUUUGAAGUGGUUUGUCCGCAUAGCAAACCAACGUGGUAAACGUCUGGGGUGUGCCGGCGUGGUCGAACACGUGCUGGCAUUGAUGAAGGAUGAAUUCACGGCGACCGCAUUUGGAGUCGACUGCUGCAGCGUGCUGCAGAAGGACCUGCUGCGGAGUCGCACCUAUUACUGCGAGCUGACGCCGUCAACCUGGCAUGAUCUUCUGAUUCAGUUCUGCAAGGCCUUGCACAGUCCCAUUCCAGGGCUGAGCCAAGACCACCUCUCAAGGAUUGUGAAGUCCGUCUUGGCUGGUGCCGUGGUGCAGAGCAACAUUCGUCGGUCGUCCAUGUUCAGUUUCUUCACUCGGAUGGUUGGUAAACUUAGGUCAGAACGGAGUGCCACAGUCAUAGAGAAUAUUGUAGUGGCACUGAACACGUUCUCUCUGACCGUGGCCAGCGACUGUCGGAAACAGCUCUGCAAGCUGGGCGAGGAUUCUAUGAGCAACCUGCUGCACGUGUGGAAGAACAACUCGGCCACCACUGUCAAGGAUGAAGUUGUUGUUUUCCUACGGCUUCAGCUGAGGCUGCACCACCCCCAGGGGGUUUUGCAGGAAGGGAAGGGGGCAUAUGCUGCUGACCUUACCAUCUGGAAGAGCCACUUGCAGCAACUUUAUGAGUUGAUCUUUGAUGAGUGGAGACACGCGGGAUCUCGGAUGAAACUGAAGGCUACAGGAAGCCGAGAAGUUAUCUUCAAGGCUGCCUUAGUGGACUUAGCCGCUGAUGUCUGUCAUCAGGUGUUCUCUGCAAGUUACGCUGCAGUGGAUGUGAACCAGGUCAUUUCAGAUUCUAGCCAGUCGCCUGGCAGCUCGCGGUCCUUCCCUCAGGGUGGAGGGGGAGCCAAACGCCGCAAAGUGGAACCGGGCUGGUCUGUGCUGCAAGACAUGGUGGCCACUCAGGGGCGGAGUGCCAACGUGACUCCCUGGCUGCAAUUACUGAGGACACUCUUGCACAAGUAUCCUAACAGCCUGCCCGAGGACCAGCUCCAGCCGUUAGUGUCCACAUUGCAACAAGUACAGGCCGAGUCAAAGAGAGCAGAGAUACAGACCUGGAUAUUGCAGACUCUGCAGGCGCUGGCCCUGUGCCAGUGCGAGCACAGGAACUUACCCUCUGGAUUGAGAAUGGCAUUGCACACUGAAUGGACCAAAGUCUGGUCAUGUGCAAUCAGAACCAUCAGCCUGCACACAACAGAGUCACAUGGAUUUGACCUUUUGACCUGUCUGCUGCAUUGUGGGAUAGUCAAUCCAGAUAGGGAACACUGGAGGCUGUUUAUCGCUGACUCAACGCCUCCAACCAGCCAUUCCGUCCAGUUUCUGGCAACUUAUCUCAGACAUCAUUCACUGCCGGAGAACCAUGUUUGCCAGGGGAGCAGCAUCAUAGGCUCCACAUCAGCCGUCACUAAGGGUAACCACCCAUUAAGACACCAGUUGCUGAGCUGGCUGCUGCCAGCAGAGGACCAAGAUGAGUCUGGAGAGAGACUACACCUUGUAAAGCUUCUGAAGUGCCUUCCAACAACUCUGGCUGCCUAUGUAUUGGGUGCACUUACCCAGCGCACCACACACAACGUACCCCACGUCACACCCUACACCAGAAGCCCAGCAGCUACCGUCGACAACAUGGAGCAAACACUCCAAGAUGUAGAGAUGUUGCACCUUAGGUCCUCCUUUGAUUUCUCAGUGGAGGAACCAUUGAAGUGCAAGAGCAUCGUGGAGAGACCUGCGGUUGGGUCCUCCAGCGUGGUGUCAAGUGUGAAGCAAAGCCUGAUGCAAGGAUUGGAAAGAGUCGGGGUGCAGGUGCUAGACUUUAACAGCAGUGAGGCUACGUGUGGAGAAGCAUUGAUCCACUAUGCCAACUUACUCUGCAAGACACUUGCCGUCUUGCUAGAACUUGGCGUGCUCUCAGAAGAAGAGGUAGCACAUUCAAAACUCGGGGAUAGUUUGAAGACAUUGCUGAAGAGAGUGACCGCAGCACUGGGCAACCUUUGGCGUAAGAGUGACGCAGCCGCCGAUGGCAAGGCCAAACUCCAGUCGCUGUCGUCUCUUGUCCUGGCCUUAGAGGGAAUGCUAACCUGGGACCAUUCUCUUGCCGGUCAGGUGGCUCAGGGAUCGGUGAGCUGGGUGGCAGAAAUGUGCCGGUCCAUCACACCAAGGGACCUGUUGAACGCCCUGUUCGAAAUCGUCGAGAAAAAGGGCAAAAGUAGUACUUCCACCAAAGGUUCCUCAUCCAAGACGCCCUCCAAGGAUCCCUUUCACGAUGACUUCAUGGAUACUAAAUGCGACGACGAGUUUGAAGGGAACGGCAAAGAUGACUUCGAUGAGAACAGCAACCUCAGUGAGGAGAGUGCCACCCACAAAGGUUGCCAGAGUCUUCUUUCGUUCGAUGCAUUGAGUGAAUCAGAACAUCUCGCCCUGAGGGCAGCUCAACUUCUCUGCUCCUGGGCCUUCACUGGAACAAGUCCUGAAGGUCAAAGGUCAAGCAAAGGUCACUCAACACUAAGCACAGCUGAUGUACAGGGCAAGCUACUGGAGGUCUUGGAGCAAGAGGAAUUUGAUGCCUUUGCAGCUUUUGAUGUGCAGCUGUUCUUCACUAUCGCGGAAGCCUUCAUAACAUCAAGUGAGAAACAAGAUGAAAUCCUGUCUCGUCUGCUAUAUGUAUUGCGGACAGUAGCAUCGGCCAAUCGGAAGGACCUAGAGCUGUGUGCUUCAGUCCUCAGUCUUCUAUCCAGGUUGAUACCAUUCCUCCAGAGCGACACACCUGUCGUCUCCACAGAUCUGAAAGAGUCUAGGGAUGUGACGCUGUGUCUCUUAGCUGCCUUUUGGAAGCUUCGUCUUCGGCAGGAGGGCGUGUACACGGCCCCAGUGUGUCUGGCCAUCGCCAAGUGCAUGCAUGCACUCAUCGUCAUCGACCCCACCGGAGAGUGGACCAUUCUGAAGUCAAAGAAGAGCAGGGAGAGAGGUCAGGGAGACAACGACCCGACCGUGUCAGGGGAAUUCUGCUCGCUGCUGACGGACAGUAGCCACACCGUGAGAAUAUUCAUGGCCUCGGCUAUCCAGUGCUUGUUUUGCAGCGAUGGAAAACCGUUCACCAAAGAAGUUCAGAACCAGUCAUUCGACACAGUUUAUCAGAUGGUGCAACGUGCUAUGGAACUUCAGGGGCGACUGAGCACCGACGAGCGGACAGAUGAAUCGGCCAAUCGCACGGCUAGUUUGCUGACCAGUCUGUCCACCGUGGCUCGCUGCAGCCCGGCCUGCGAGAAGAAGACCGUCUUUGCCUUGAUGCAGGCAAUCCAGCUCAAUGGCAUCGAGAUUUCCCUCAUGAAGAAGGUUUUGCAGAGCAUAUCGGUCAGCCUCCAUUACAGCUCAGUCACCGUCUUUCUAGAGUCGCAUCUGAGCUACCUCAUUCACCAGUGGCUUGCAGAGAAGUACGUUCUCCCACAAUUUCCUCAUCAGCUCCUGGCAUGCUCGACUGAGGUAGACUUCUAUCGGAAGUACCACAGGGUGGUCAUCCCCCACCUGGUCUCCAUGCAGAGCCUGGACGCCAUUCAUGACAUCGCUGGUGCCCUUGACACGGACUGGAUUGAGCUGCUGAAGGGCACCUUCCCACAAUCCAUUGCUCACAUCCUGCCCCUGUUUGGACACACGAGGUUAGCAGAGGAGGACACUGAAAGCGAAGAAUACCGGGAGAGGCGUAUCAGGGCAGUGUCGUGCUUCAAUGCCCUCGAGAACACCUUGGGAAAGGAAACUAUCGACAAUAUGAUUCAAGUCCACCUAGACAGCAUUGUGGUAGAGUUGCUGGCUAUGUUGUAUGAGCCCCACACAGACGACAGCGACAUGGCUCGGUUCACAAGUGCCACCGAUCCAGAACCCAACCCCCCAUUCUUCACGACCUACACCGUCAAGGCCACCCUGGACUACCUGACCAACUGCCACGCUGGGAGCAGGGCCCUCACACUGGUCUCUCUGCUUGCCAAGACGCAGGACAGCAUCCAGAAGAUUCUCCUUGCUCUCCACAUCCGUAUUUCCAAGUCUCACCGAGCCCAUGAGAAGCACCGAAUGGUCCUGGCCUAUCGCCUCUUCGUUUCCCUUCUCCUGGCCGAGCUGUCCAGCGGCUUGGGUGGCUCCUGGGCCAUGGUCCUCCAAGACAUCAUCUACACUUUGGUCCACACCAUCCGGGAGGGGACAGAGACUGGAGAAAGGGAGGGGUUUUGCCUGGCCUGGCCCUGUAUCGACCUGUUGCGUGCUGUCUGCGUCACAGGACUGGAAAACUGUCAUGAGGAGCUAGGGAAACAUCUACAUGUUAUCAUGGGCACAUUGGUGCCUUUGGUGGAGAAACAAGACAGAGUUGCCGAUGAGGCGCUGUCGCUGAUCAACCUGCUUGUGAUAGACAAUUCGGCCAGCCUCUCCAGUGCGCUGAAGUAUCUGGACCCCCUUCCUGAUUCACCUCGACUCGCCCGAGCAAAGGCAGCCCAGAGAUCCAGCAAGUACGUCGGAGGAGAGUUCACUUUAAUGGAGGAAGUGAACCAUUUCCUGAUGGUUGGCAGUCAGCAGGGAGGUACAUUAAGGGUGGAAGGGCUGAAACAUCUACAUCACCAACUGGCGACGAGGAAGGAAGAAUUGUCCGUCAUGGUCCAACAGUGCGCAGAGGGCUCCGAUAGGACAAUUAUCCAACUCAUCACAGAGCUGGUAGAUUUGAGCGGGACAAAAGAUGGCCACCUUGAUUCUCAGGAUGACAUGGCACAAGCUGUGAAGGAAGAAGCAGCACGUUGCCUUGGCGACAUAGGAGCACCAAACCUAUCCACGGUGGCUCUGCAGUGUGAGGAAACCGAACGGAAUGCAAGCUUCGCAACAGCACUAAGAGCAUUUGCCAAGGCCCCGGACAUGUCCAGAUAUGUCGUCAUCGUCCAUCUGCUGAAAGAUUACCUGACGGACCCGAAUGUUGAUACGGUAGAGGCUGCAGCUGACUGCUUGAAGACCAUCCUAGCAACGACCUCAGGUCAACGUUGCUCUGAUAAGUACAAAGAGAAAAACAUAGACAAGCUGUUUUGCUAUUUGCAUCCAUUCCGACCAAGUAAAAAGAAGGCCACCAGCAAGCAAGCUCCACGCUGUUCCCGUGCCUCCUUUACACAGACCAUUGGCGAUCCGUCUCUGUGGCAACCAGCAGGGGGUAACCACGGCGACUGGGUGAGGAGCCUGACGGUAGCCCUGAUCCAAAGUGGUGGGUUGCAGGACGAGAUCUUGCAGUUGUUGGAACCCAUUUGUAAAGUGAAGGUGGAGUUUGCUGAGAAGAUUCUCCCAUAUCUCAUCCAUGAUAUUCUGAGCACCAGCAACGACCUCUACAGACAGAUCUUGUCAGAGCGCAUACAAGCAGUGUUUGCUGGACACUGCGACAGCACCAGCAGCAGUCGAGCGACGACACCCAUUCCUUUUGCAGAUGUGUCUUCCAGUCAGCUGCGUCAAAGGUCAUUACAAAUACUGCUUGAUGUGAUGCACUACUUAAGGACACAGGAGAGACCAACACAAAGCCGCACCAAGAGCACAGCUUGGGACAACAAUUUCUGGCUUGACGUGAACUACUUGCUGGCAGCCAAAGCAGCUCAGAAUUGCAGAGCGCACUUCACGUGUCUCCUGUUCACUGAAAUAUGGUGUGAUGUACAGAGGUCUCGCCAGGGCUCGUCUGCUGGUGAUGGGUCAGGCGUCCAGACCCUCAUCCAGCCGUCUGGCAUCGACACCCUCAGUUCACUGUCCAGCCAGUCCGACAUUAACGUCCAGAGUCUUCUCCUGGAAGCGUACAGCAGCAUCGGCGAGCCGGACGGGGUGUAUGGAUGCGGGGCAGGACGACUGACCGAUACGUACGCAAGAAUCCACACUUACGAACACGAAGGAAACUGGAGUAAAGCUCUCAGUGCGUACGAUCUCAAACUGCACUCCAAAUCGUUUCAGACCGGCAAACAGGAGGUUGGGGUCUUGCAGGCCAUGCAGAAUCUGGGUCUCAGCCACAUCUUGACGGUGUACCUCCAAGGUCUUAGAUCGGAGGAGGUGGCAUUUGGUCCAGAGAUGGCACAGUUCCAGUACGAGGCUGCCUGGAGAAAUGCAUUGUGGGAUAUGGAGCUUGACAACAGGAACCAGACCAAUUCCAGUGGCUACCAUCAGUCUCUGUUCACCGCUUUGUCUUGCCUGCGGGAUGGAGAGUCUGAGUCCUUCACUGGGGCCCUGCAACAGGCACGACUGGACACCCUGCACCAGUUGAGCCAUGUCAGCAUUGAGAGCGCCUACAGUGUGUACCCAAUGUUAUCCAGGUUACAGGGCCUGGUGGAGCUGGAAGAUUUUGGCAGCAUGAUGCUCAGCAAACAGCAGCCAAAUUCUGUCCUCCGAAGCUGGAAUGCACAGCUGGCCCUUAUGGACAACGAUUUUGAAUUUGCCGAGCCCACUCUUGUCCUCCGAACGGUCCUUCUUCAACUCUUACUGGAGCAGUGCAACACAAACAAUCAUGCCCAAGCUUACGAGGGGUUAGUUGCUCAUCUCAAGAUCCAAACAGAAAUAGCAAGAAAAGCUGAAAGCUUCCAGAUCGCAGAAAAGGCUUUGGCCACCUUACAGGCCUUGGACAGGCCGGCCGAGCUCCAGACUAAUCACUCCUGGUGGCGGCUGAUUGAAGAGGCUAAGGUGUACUGGACUCGCAAUGAAAAGACAACCGCCAUGCACCUCAUGAGAGCACUACUUGACAAGAUUAGUAGGGUUUCCACAGAGGACCCCAUUGGAGAAUCACUUCAUCCCGAGGUGCUGACCAUAUAUGGCAAUUGGCAGGCCGAGACUAACUCUGACAGUCCCAACGUCAUCAUUGAGCAGUACUUUGAGAGGGCGGUGGAGAUGUAUGACCUCAGAGAUGACACCAGCCUGCCAGCGAUCGAGUCCCAGCUGUCGCUGGCCCGAUUCGCCGACUCCCAGUACCAGAACAUCGUGAAUUACAUGAAGUCCAGCGAGUACGAAGACAAGCAGGCACUGAUGAAGCAAGCGAAGAAGGAAUACGAAGAACUGCACGCCAUGGGUGAUAGGAUCAGUCGAUAUGCCAGAACUCUAAAGAAGCAAUCGGAGAUUGAUGAGAGGGAGUUGGAUUCCAUGAUGCAAGACAGGGAGAAUUUCCUGCAGAAGGCCGUCGAGUGCUACCUGAAGUGUCUGGAAUUCGGCACGUCGGACCACGACUUGAGGGUCUUCAGGGUGUGCUCGUUGUGGUUCGAGAACUCCAGUGAGGAUGACAUUAACAAACUCGUUCAGGAUUCUUUCGAACGUAUUGAAAGCCGAAAAUUGCUUCCGUUGCUAUAUCAACUGGCUGCUCGAAUGACCACCAGAACUCAAGAUAAGCAACUCUUCUAUGACGUCCUGAAUGAGCUGAUCGAGAAGACUGCACGAGACCAUCCCCACCACGCCCUCCCCAUUAUUCUGGCCCUUGCUAAUGCCAACAAAGAUGCUGUCAUCACCUCCAGGAGAACCGGUCGGCUCGCUCGCGCCAACUCGAUGAGAGACGACGCAAGCCAUGCUGAUGAAUCUCGAAUGCAAGCAGCCCGGCGAAUGCUAGUUAGGCUGAGAUCAACACACUGUAACCAAAUCAUAGCAGACCUGGAGAAACUUUCCGAUGCUUACAUUGAGUUGGCUUAUUGGGACGUCUCGGACCGCAAGAAAGAAACGGGCCCCGUUAAGCUUGCCCCCAACCAACCUUUGACCCAGCUGAGGCAUCUAGAGCAUGUCGCCAUGCCGACCAUGGAGAUCCCUGUGGAUGCAUCCUGUCGCUAUGAAAACAUCGUCUCGAUUGAUCAUUUUGAGGAUACCUUUAAGUUGGCAGGAGGCGUCAACCUUCCAAAGAUCAUCACUUGUGUCGGGUCAGACGGCAUCAAAAGACGGCAACUUGUCAAAGGCAAGGAUGACCUCAGGCAGGAUGCCGUCAUGCAGCAAGUCUUUGCAUUGGUUAACAGACUCCUCCAACGAAACCAAGAAACAAGGAAAAGAAGAUUGCGAAUCCGAAGAUACAAAAUUGUGCCUCUUUCCCAGCGUAGUGGUCUGUUGGAGUGGUGCGAGGGCACCAUGCCACUGGGAGAGUAUCUUAUUGGUAAUCAGAGGACGGACUUUGGGGCUCACAGGCGUUACCGACCACAGGACAGCUCGUCCAUGGAAUGCCGGAAGAAGAUGGCGAUGGCGCACAGCAGCAGCGAGCAGGGCAAGAAAUACAGGGAAUACCUGGAGGUCAUGAAGAAAUUCCAGCCUGUCUUCCGUCACUUCUUUCUGGAGAAGUUUCCUGAUCCUGCCGUGUGGCUGGAACGGAGACUAGCCUACACCAGAAGUGUAGCCACCUCUUCCAUUGUUGGAUAUGUCGUCGGCCUUGGGGACAGACAUGUCCAGAAUAUCCUGAUUGAUUGCAAUCAGGCUGAGCUGGUCCACAUCGAUCUGGGCGUUGCAUUUGAGCAGGGGCGAAUUCUGCCCACACCGGAGACUGUCCCAUUCAGACUGACCAGAGACGUAGUGGACGGGAUGGGCGUAGCUGGCGUGGAGGGGGUCUUCAGAAGAUGCUGUGAAAAAACCAUGGUGGUAAUGCACAACUCCCAGGAGGCUUUGCUAACCAUUCUGCAGGUUCUCCUGUACGAUCCAUUGUACGUCUGGACCAUGUCCCCCCAGAAGGCCAUGGCCCUGCAACAGCGGCGGGAUCGCAACGACCCGGACGCCUCUGAGCUGAACGCCACAACGUCCGCCGACCUGACGGACGGCGAGGCUGGGUUCAAAGGUCAGGACAGCAGCGAGGGCACAGAGGUCAACAAAGUCGCUGAGCGGGUUGUGCUGCGGCUUCGGCAGAAGCUGCAGGGGGUGGAGGAGGGCGUGGCCAUGAGCGUCAAGGGGCAGGUCAACCGGCUGAUCCAGGAGGCUCGAGACCCCAAGAAUCUCUGUCGGCUGUUCCCUGGCUGGCAACCCUGGAUAUAACCAUGUGUCAGGGUCAAAGGUGAAUCAGAAACAAAAGAAUUUUGUUUCUCCUCAAAACUGUCAUCAUAUCAGUUACUCUUCUUUCUAACGAAAGUUCUAAAAUUCACCGGUUGGAAUUUUGCUGAUUGGUUUAUUUAUGGAAAGGCAAACCUUCAGGUUGAAGAAAUUGAUGAACUGACGAGAAUGCAUCCAAUUAUCGGAUUCUUGAAAGACACUGAAGUUCUAAAGUAAGUUGAUUCUGUUUUGAAAGUGCUUUUUUUCCUAGCGAAACAUCAAAAUUGUCUUCAAAUUUAAGCAAAGUGCAAGAUUUCUGACACAAGAAAAUCAUUGAAUUAGUGGUCAUGGCACACAGGUGCUUUGUAUUCAAAUGUUACAAUGACGUUUCUGAAAAUCAAGAAAAUUCCAGUGACUAUAUUCAUUAUAUUCUCAUUUAAAUGGAAAGAUCAAUUAAACAUUAUGCAAAUGUAUGGCAACCCAGAAAAGCCAUAUACAGCUUACCGUUCUGCAAUAAAUUUCCUUUCAAGUAAUCUUUUUUUUUUUUACACUCGUGUACUCAGAUAACAGAUAUUUUGCAUUUCCUCAGUGCUGCUAGUUGACAAGAUAUCUGUGCAACAUUCUCUGGUCGAUCACAGAAAAUAAUUCUCCCAACAUGUUUGCCUUUAAACAAAAUAGAACCGAAAGAACAGAUCCUUUUUAUUUGAGAAUUUGUAAAAUAUCAGUUGGUAAAUGAUGAGAAAAGUGACAAAAUCGUCCAUUCCAUACUUGAAUAACAGUUAUAAUGCUGUCUUGUGCCCCACUUAAAAGAGAAAUUAUGGAAAUUUAUCAUCAAAUUCUGUCACAAAAUCACAGGUAUAAAGGUGUUCGAAACAAGUCUUGAAGCAUUCUGAAAUAUUGGCGAGAGAUAGAUGACACGGGAGCACUGAAAAUUCUCUCUGUCAGUGUCACUUUGACGUUUUUACAAAAUUGUGGGCCCUGUGUAUUGAGCAGUUGCCGACAUACAAACGCAAGAUUUAACCAUGCUCCCUGUUUCUUCAAUUUCUACUGUCCAAGCGACGCGUGUUCGUAUUCUUUGCUAUUUCUGUACCCAGAGAUGCCAUAACUGCCAAAAUAAAUGCUUACUUGAAAAAUA